CAACCACUUCUCUUUCCGGCUGCUGGCAAACGGCGGUGGUCGACAAUGCCGCCGCUCCCUUCCCGCCUCCUCGUGCCCGUAGGGCUCUACCGCGCCCUCGCAACACCGCAGGCUCCCCGUCUUCUUGCCAUCUCGCGCCGCUACCAAUCCACCGAGACCCAGCACCCCACACAUGCCCAUGGCCGUCAUUCCCUGAACCCGAAUUACCUGGAGAGCGCCGACGGCCUUAUCAGUGACCUGACCAUCAAGAAGCACCACAAGUCGAAGACCCCUCGCAAGUUUGAUGCGCAAGGGAACGAAUUGGACGCAUACGCGGGUGGGCCCAGCGCCGUUGACAAAGCCGUGCACCUCUUUUUCUUCACGGAGAUCAUUCGUGGCAUGUGGAUUGUUCUGGAGCAAUGGUUCAGGCCACCGUACACCAUUUCGUACCCUUUUGAGAAGGGCCCCUUGUCGCCUCGUUUCCGUGGAGAGCACGCUCUUCGCCGUUAUCCCAGCGGAGAAGAGCGAUGUAUCGCGUGCAAACUUUGCGAAGCCAUUUGCCCUGCUCAGGCGAUCACAAUCGAAAGCGAGACGCGUAUGGAUGGAUCCAGGAGAACUACGAAAUACGAUAUCGACAUGACCAAGUGCAUCUACUGUGGAUUCUGCCAAGAAGCAUGCCCUGUUGAUGCCAUCGUAGAGACACAAAACCAGGAGUUCUCCACUGAGACCCGUGAGGAGCUCUUGUACAACAAGGAGAAGCUGCUCGCCAACGGAGAUCGUGCUGAGGCAGAAAUUGCGGCCAACUUAUACUCUGAGCAUGUUUAUCGGUAAACCUUGCACUGUUCUCGUUAGAGUAAUAUCAAAUGAAAGUGCGGAUGCCAUUGCGAGCGUGAACGUGACCGGUCAAGUGUUUGUUCAACGUUGCAGCGCCUCGUACGCAAGGAAUGGAAGAGAUCUAUUUUCUAAACUACUGUGCGCACAGAUUUUAGACCCUGGACGCUCAGAACCGAUUGGGACAAAUCGCCAAGAGGAAAAGCUUAUUCGCACAGGUACAUGGAAUAGAAGAAGAAGCGAGUUUUGCUGUACACGAGCAGUGAACGAAGCGGGAACAGAAGGAUGGAGAAAUCGAAAUCGACAACGGCCAUGGGGGGGAUGGUGAGUGCCGAAUCGGAUUUUGCCACACGGGGACAAAGCGACUGAGUCACACGAGAACAAGCGAUCUGGCCACACGCGGGCAAAAUGGGGUGAGGGAUGUAUGAAGGAAAGCUGGCAGGCCGGCAACGCAUACUUGCCGGCAGCUGUACCGACCUUUAAUAUGACAGACGGCUGUAGCUUGUUAGACUCCAGCUGGGGUAGAGAGUGCGGGGAACGCACCACAUGCACUACUAUUGAGCCGUGUUCGGACCGUUGUGGCGUCCAGAUUAUUCUCUUGCUGACACGCAUUCUUCUCAUCUGCAAGAUAACAGACUCGCUAUAUGUGGAUGGAUGUGCCUGGAGAGGAUGUUGGAAGCUACCCGCGUAGCGGAGAACGAUACACUUGCCACAUAUAAGUAUGCUGUUGUCGGAAUAUAGCAAACAGUCUUGAAGCAAUCUCGGUUCGAUGUACACAUAGAAAUCUUCAAUGGCGUCCUCGGCCGUCCUCGUAGAGCAGAUCGAACUUGACAGUACCCCAGUUACUCAUGCAGACAGACGAACUCCAUCAAAUCGCUGGGCAGUCUCGACUUCAUCAGGGUGCGCGCUUUCGGCCGAGGAUACGCCAGUCGUCCCUCACGGUCUUCCCCAUUGUCAUUUAUAUGUAACUGUAACGGCAUUUGUCGCCGCGACAUCCGAGCUGUGCCUCGCCCGCCGUUUCACUGCGCCCCGGAGCGAACGAGCUCUGAGAACUGCCCAUCCGGGGCUCUUGAUUAGGCACGCCUGAGUCGUGAGACAUCGUAGCACAGCGCAAGUACUGCCGCCGCGCCCCGAACAUUGCCACGCUUGGUCGUGCGCCCCGGACAGAUGCAGCACGGGUCUUCCUCCGUGAACGCAGUUCCCCGGGUCAUCAUGGACGAGCGCAGUCAUCGCCCGACCCUCUAUGGGAUCUGGUGUAGGAGAAGAGCCAACCCUGUAAGAGGAAGAUAAGAUGAUACGGGCUGCGCAUGCGAUCACAGCUACAAAAAAUGCGAUCCAUGGAGCCUUGAAAGCCCGGCGAUGACAUUACCGUCAAAUUCAGCGAGCUUCAGAGCCAAUGCGGGAACAACAGAGUGCAGUCCAUGUGUUUAGUCGAGUUCAAGCCGAAGGGAGAGGGUGAGACGAGCGGCCGAUCUUCCUCGUCGGAAACAGGUGGCUUCUACGGUCAUCAUGUCAUGGGGCACAGGAGAGCUGUGCCUAGACAUUGGAAUGCCCCAUCACACAAGGUGGAGUCGCCUCAGUCCGUGCCUAAGCCUUCGAGUGCCGUUGCCCGCCUUAGAACAAUCAACAAUCAAAGACACAGACACAGCCCCGGCUCGAGGAUCAAAUCUAGAGACGAGAUCGAUUCGGGGACAGCGUAGCCUUGAAACACCGAGCGGCGAGUCAACGACUACAAGGGGGGACAUGCAACUGAACAAGAAAGGGCCGUGUUCCGGGCGGCCAAGCUGUUGUUUCUUACGAAACACCGAUCUCUGGUCAAUCCGCAGUGAAUCUUGAUGGGCCACAGUUGUAUGCCCGUCUGUUACAGGUGUUAUAGUAAUCAGACAGACGCGAAUCAUAUUAG